CGUGGUGAAUGUUGUAACUCGACAGCAAUAGACAGGCCGAAGUCAUCGGGACUGAGGAAAGAUUUGACCGCCACUGCUGCCGCUUCCCUCCCGUCCGGAUUUAAAGGGAUAAUUUAACAAAAGAACACACAAGUUUCUCUCGGAUUCACCGGACUUUCACGGCUGUGGAUCCGGCCGUUACUUUCUUCUCUCAGCGGCGCUCAGACUGUUCGCUACCCCGCAGCGGGCGACUAGCAUCGUAACUGCUGCUAAACAUGGUGGCCUGUAGGCAAGAACGAGCAACGAGCCCCGCUUGGGGAUUUUAGAGGAUUCUUGAAGCCACUUGGACGGUUGGUCCUGUGAAACUACCGCUGCUCUGGACGCGUUACAGCCCUCCCUUUUAGUUUUAUUUGGCGGUUUGUGGACUUCGACGUGAGGCUGCCUCUCUGUUUGCGUUGAAAUACCAGCAGCAGCAGCAGCAGCAGCCACAGAGCCGUCCGUGUUUUGUGGACCGUGGAUAAUUGUAGUUUACCUCAAAAGUUGUCACCAGGCCGCCUCAAAGUUUGAAACCCGACUGAGAAAAGUCGUAAAACAUGCGCUCACGCGUGGAAAAACGCCUCAAAUAGCCACACGCUUUUGUUUUUAUUGUGUUUAUGUUACGGAUGUCUCGACGGUCUCAUACAAAUGAAUUGGAACACGAGUGCAGCUAACUGGAAUAUUUUUAUACUCUGAGAUAGUUUCCAUCAGCAGCCCCCCUCCUCCCCUUUGAGGUUUGAUUCAUUGUUAAUCUGUGGAUUAUUAUGGAUUAUUAUUAUGGCUUUAUCCAAACCGCGCCAGUCCGGGAAUUUUGGGAAUAACCACUGAUGCUGUUGAUGAUGAUGACAGAGAAAAGCGAUGGUUUCCCUUCGUUAUGAUUUUGAAUAGAGAGGACUUAAUUUCAUGGAGACUCGCCUGACAUGCCAAGGAAGGAGUUGCCACUACCUGAGGGUUGGGAGGAAGCCAGAGACUUUGAUGGCAAAGUCUAUUACAUUGACCACAUUAACCAGUGCACCAGCUGGAUCGACCCCAGAGACAGGCAGACGAAGCCUCUGACGUUUGCUGACUGUAUUGGAGAUGAGCUGCCGGUCGGCUGGGAGGAGGCCUAUGACCCCGUCGUCGGAGCGUACUAUGUCGACCACAACACCAAAAGCACCCAACUGGAGGACCCACGGGCCCAGUGGCAGCGCGAGCAGGAGACCAUGCUGCGGGACUACCUGGCCGUGGCCCGCGACGCGCUCAGCGCCCAGAAGGAGAUCUACCAGGUGAAGGAGCAGAGGCUGCGCCUGGCGCAGCAGGAGUACCGGCAGCUCAAUGACGUGUGGAGGGACAAGUCGACAUCACAGACCAGCUUGAACUCCAGAUCGUCCUCGUCCAGCAAGUAUGACCCAGACAUCUUGAAAGCAGAAAUAGCCACAGCCAAAAGUCGGGUGAACAAGCUGAAGCGGGACCUGGCCUGCAUGAAGCAGGAGCUGCUGUACAAAGAACAAGGCUUUGAGACUCUCAAAGAGAUUGACCAGAAGGUGUCCAACAGCCCGUAUGGCUACAAGCUGCAGGAGGCGCAGGCCAUCCUCAGCGAGGUCCGCUCCAUCCGAGACGCCAUCAGCUCUGGGGAGAAGGAGAAACAGGAACUCAUGCAGAAACUAGCUCUGUUGAAGGACGGGUUCCAGCUGGACUCAGGAUCCCAGCAGGAGCUGUGGGGCAGCAGCCCCUCGCUCGCCAACUCGGAGCUGUCCCUCCCGCGGCUGUACUCUGACGCCGGCUCCCAGACCGACAUCCCCGCAGAGUUCAUGACCAGCACCAACAAGCUGGCAGAGAAGGUUCGUCUGAGUCUGAAGUACGAGGAGGCCAAGAGAAGGAUCGCCACCAUCGAGGUGCAGAUCGCCAAACUGGACAGCGAGGCGUGGCCAGGACUGCUGGACCCGGAGCGAGACCGCCUCAUCCUCAUCAACGAAAAGGAAGAGCUGCUGAAGGAGCUGCAGUACGUCAGCCCCCGCCAGCGCCUGGAGCCCAACGACGCCGAGAAGCUGGAGUCUGAGAAGAAACGUCUGGAGAGAGACCUGCAAGCCGCCAGAGACAACCAGAGCAAGGCCCUGACCGAGAGGCUGCGACUUCACUGCAAGAGGAACCAGUUGGUGAGAGAGCUGGAGGAGAUGGUUCGACUGGCCACAUCGCUCCAUACUCAACUCAAAAGCCUGUCAGCCAGCACUCUGUCCUGCUCGUCCGGCAGCAGUCUAGGCUCUCUGACAUCCAGCCGCGGCUCGCUGGCCACCACCUCCAGCCUGGGCUCCACCUCCUCCCUCAGCUUCACUGACCUCUACCUGGAGCAGCCCGAGCUGGCUGACCCGGACUUCCAGAACAAGCUGGACAGCCUCCUGCAGGAGGGCAGCCAAGGAGGCUACCGCCCUUCCAGCUCCAUCACCACCAUACAUGAGCAUGAAGUGGUUACGGGCUGCGGAGCAAGGGAUGCUGGGAGGCCUGAGGGCAAAGCGGGCGGGGUGGGCGGAGACACGGGGUGUUCUGCUGGAGGAGGCGCAGGAGGAGGCGGUGUCGGAGUGGAGUCGGGGUCAUCCAGGAUCCAGGCGCUCAGACUGUCAGAAACCCCUCGCUCCAUGAGCUCCUUAUCACCACGCUCGUCUCUCUCCUCACUGUCUCCGCCGUGCUCGCCGCUGGUCACAGACACUAGUUUCCUGUCUGGAGAGACAUUUGCAGGCCAGACGGGACCCGGUGAAUUGAGUCUGGAUCUGGAACUUCACAGUAGGCUUGCAGAACUGGAGCUCAGCCUGGGCUCUCAGGAUCAGCUGCAGGGGGAGCACGGAGGUUCCAGGGGUCUGGAGGAGAAGCAAAACCACAAGAACACGUUGGGCGAGGAGGCAAAAGAGUCGGCUCCCCAGCUGCGAGGGCCGGGGGCGGGGCCAAAGAAAAUGGGCGUGACCUCAGCUGUGUCGGACGAGUCGGUGGCUGGUGAUAGCGGCGUGUAUGAGCCUUCAGAACGCAGGUCGGGUCUCCCUGCAGACCUGCUGAGCUCCUAUGACGAGCGGCUGGUGCUGGGCUGCUCUCAGGUGCAGCUCGGCUUCCGCUACGAGUCCAGAGACCAACGCUUCACCAUCUACGUCAUGCAGCUGUCCAACUGCAGCGCCCUCUGUCUGCCGGCUGACCAGAAAAUGUAUGUGCGUUCGGUGGUGCUGCCCUGCGUGGAGGCCACCCGCUGCCUCUUCCGAACACGCGGCUCUCUGCCUCAGGACGUCGUGGAGAUCAACGAGGUGUUUGGCAUGCAGAUAUCCCACAGUGCACUGCGGCAGAAGACGCUGAGGGUCGACAUCUGCGUCACCAGCAAGUCAGGCCAUGAAGAGUGUCUGGCGGGAGCUCAGAUCAGCCUGGCUGAUGUCGGCUGUUCGGAAGAGAGAUGCACCAAAUGGUACAACCUGCUGAGCCGCGUCUACAUGCCCGAAAUCAACAACAAGGACAAACAGAGCAGAGCGGCCAGCGUCUCUGAGCGGACUCCAGUGAUUUCUGGUGUUUCCAGAGUCGGAGCUCCUGAGGACGAUGAGUGGCACGGCGACCUUCUGGAGGCAGACAUGUUUGAUGAGGAAGAAGGAAAUGGUGUGGAAGGGGUGGGGCCUCUGGACGAAGAGGACGAGUUUUAUCCUGAAAGCGGCCAAUGGGAAGGGGAGGAGGAGGAGGAACAUGCACACGAGGAGAAGGUGGCCAAACCUCCUCCUCAUCCUCUUCCUCCAGCAGCAGCAGCAGCAGUCAUCACAGAAAAGGUCAACAAGGAGACAAGCAUGGACAGCUUACUGCCGUCCCAUCACUGCUCAGUGGUCCGACCGAAGGAACGGCGCCCGGACGUCCACCAGCAGCACCCCUUCAUGAGGGGGAACACCAUCAUCCGCUCCAAGACGUUCUCCCCUGGACCUCAGAGCCAGUACAUCUGCAGGAUAAACCGCAGUGACAGUGACAGCUCCACCCUCUCCAAGAAGUCUCCGUUUGUCCGAAACGCCUCGGAGAGACGCAGCAUGCGCAUGAAGAAGCCUCCUGUGCAGGUCAAAGGUCUGGACGGCCUCCUGCGGACAUCCCUGGACCUGGAGUUGGACCUGCAGGUGUCUCGGACGCGGCAGGCGCGUUUGACACAGGAGCUGCGAGUUCUGCGGGAGCUGAAGGUGCAGCUGGAGAAGGCGAGGCAGCAGGGCCAGAGGGAGCUGCCGGCCUGGGUCCAAGAGGACGAACGCUUCCGGCUGCUCCUCAAACAGGCCGAGAAACAGACUCAUGAGGAGCAGCUGCAGGAGAAACGGGUGGAGAAGAUGAUGAGGGCAGCAGCCAAGGACGUCCACAAGAUCAGGGGCCAGAGUCGCAAAGAGGUCCCCGAGGUCCAGACCUUCAGAGAGAAGAUGGCCUUCUUCACACGAGCAAAGACCAGCAUCCCCGACCUGCCGGCCGACGACGUGUAGAGAAGCAUUUCAAAGUAUUUUCCCCUCCUGAGUCUUAACCUGCUGUUCCCAACAUCAGUGGAGCAAACGUUUGGCGGUGUCAUGAAGAAUUUAAAAUAAUAAUAAUAAUGAUUAUGAUAAUAUGUUUAGUAGAAAAACAAAACACUCAAAACCGUGAUGAAACACAUUUUUAAAGAGCUCAGUGUUUGUUUGUAAAAUAGAGAUAGCACUGCUAGAGCUUUUUUUUAUUAUUAUUAUUAUUAUUAUUAUUAUUAUUAUUGUUAUUAUUUCACUCUCUUCCACUCUGUUUAUGGCUUUGUGUUUCUGUUACUGUUACUAACAGGCUGUUUAUAGGCUCUUAGCUGUUUAAAAUCAUUCCAGCACAAAGUCACACAGCUGCACAUGUGCAGACAAACCGUUUCGUACUAAAAUGACACAAAAAAAAUUUAUUGAUGGCACAAAACAGUACAGGAGAAACGACGGUACUAAAGCAAAAUGAGGAACCGAAGCUGGUGAUGAAAAUGAAUAUCCAAAGUUCAGAGAUAUUCAACUUUCAAGUGUUUUUUUUUUUUUUUUUUAGAAAACAUUUAGACGCAGACAAACACGAGCCCACGUGACGGUUGUACAUAGGCAGCAUGUCUUCUGUUUCGGCUCGGUCGCAACAGGAAAACUGGAGCGCGUCUUUGCUUUACAAACGUCACCAAACGAACUGGAUCUGAUUGUUCACGAGUCGGAGGUGAGAGUCCUCUUGUCUUAGGUCUGAUCGUCUCUCACAGGUUACACAUAUCAAGGUGUAGAAACAGCACUAACUCUCACUAACACUCAGGUAGCUGAUCGGAUAGUCUGCACUUUAAGAAACUUGAGGUAAACGUUUAAGAAAAAAAGACACUCGAUGUUGGUUUUUGGAAAGUUUAAAAAAAAAAACUUUGCCUCACGCUGGAAUGAUUGUCGAAACACACACAGGAAGUGACGAUCAAAUGUAUUUUUGAGGACUGUGAACUUCUUACUGAUUGUAUGACUAGAAGAAAGUGACUAAACCUCCUCCCUUCCUCCCUCCGCCCCCAGUGAGAGAAACUGACCAGCAACUGGCUGCCAGUCUUCGCUCUGAUUGGCUGGUAUUUUCUGCCCUGAUGACAUUUGAACACUACGAUUGGUCAGAUUUUUCCCGUUUUAAUAUCAUGCCUCUCUUCCCUCUGUUUCCACUCUGUCACUGGAUGUUUUGGACGUGCAUCUGAGACGCUGAGAACUGGAUGUUAGCGUGGGAGCCCCAGCAAAAACUGAACAUGUCAACUUCGUUUCUUUUUAUGCUUUGCUGAUCAAUAGUUUUAUCUUUAGGAGGAGGCAGCAGGUACUUAAGUGAAGCCUAACAACAUAAAUCAGUGCGAGAUGAACUACCUUAAAUGGCAGAAACCCUCUUUGGGAAAAACUAUUAUAACAUGGACUUUGAGUUUUUAGUUUGUCCCGUCUGCUGUCAUGAGAGGGUUCAUAAGCUGUACUGCAGCAAGCCACCAGGGGGCCUCCGGAAGCUUUUUUUUGGGAGCUCUUCAUCAUCUUCGUCAUCCAUCAUUGUGUACAGUCGACACGUAAACACAAACUUAACUCCGUGUUGCUUCGUAUCUGCCGGAUACUCGUUCACGUGACUUUUCCUUGCAAGUCCUUGAAAGUUCAGGUUGGUGUCCUGUGGGUGCAGUAAGCCCAAAGAAACCCUAAAAGUCAACCCAGGUGACGUGAAUCACUUGCUGAAGCAGACACAUGAAGAUUAUCGCGCCCUCCUGAUAUGCCAUCACAUUAUAGAUCUGACUCCAGCUUUUGCACAGUAACCCAGCUGUGAAAUCAGACGUGAAUAUUUUUCUUUGUCUGUUUGUGCAGAGCGAUUCGGUCAGAAGUCUGUUGAAGUCCUGCGGUGUGAUUCACAUUCAGCUCGGUGAGUGCUCACCGACUUUGUUUCCAAGGCAACCGGACUUAGAAAUCAGCAGCAGACCUUGACGCUGUUUGCAAACUCUUUGUGUUUGUACCUGGCUGUUGAGAAGCUGUUGGGAGAAGUUGUCCUUGGUGCUUUUCCUGUAGCUUUUCAGCUGCGUUAAAGCAGAACUUCUGCCUGAAAGUCUUCACUGUUCAUGACUGGACUCAUGAAGAGAGUCCUGACGUGACACUGAGAUUCUUUCAGCUGAUUUAACGUUGCUAUCAAACUUUGGGACUUGGUGUCAGAGGGAGAAAUCCACCAGAGAGGACACUCAGAGGUCAACUCAGACGCUCGCAGCUGCAGGAAAUAGACCAGAAUGCAUUGCAACAGCAAGUGUUCAGUAAAAGCUGUAAAAGUUUUCUCAGUACUUUUUCUACUACCUCAUUUCUUUUUUAUGUUUCCUGAACAUUUAGUGUCGUAACUACAGUACAAAAAGAAUUUCUCUGCUGAGGGGCCUUCGUGAGACGUUCACAAAACGUAAUAAAUAAUAACACAGCUGAAUGUAUCGGUAUAAGAGCGAUCACAACUGAAGGUGGCAUUGAUUUCUAGAUGGAAUCAUUUUCAAUUCUGAGCAGUAUCAAAAUAAAACACAAAAAUAUAAAUAAAUAAAUACAAAUGCAUGUAAAGCCCACGAAAAGGAAUAAAAAGAAAACUUAGCUGCGGAAAUCUACAGCUGAGUGCAGCGAGUUGACAAGGCAUUCUGGGAAAUGUAGUAAAAACUGAAGCAGAACCAGGCAGGUCAAAGGAACUAAACUACUAAAUUGCACCUUGUGGACGUAAAAUCAUCAAAUGCUUUGAGCAUCACAGGAUGAAAACAGUCCGACAUUCAGCAAGGAAACAAAAUGAAGGAAAAUAAACAGAAGAAAAAUCCGAUUGCAAAACAGAGUCAGUCAGUAUGGCAGAUCAGAAUAUGAUAAGGAAAUAAAAAGGACCAAAACAGACCACUUUACUUAAGAAAAGUCAGAAAAACUUGUUCGUCUAAUGUUGCCCCUAAAGUUCAGAGAAACACUGAUUGAAAAGUGGGCGCCGUGUCCCUCACUUGUGAUGCUGAGUCAUACUUCACUUUCAUGACAGUCGAUAGUGUUUCACCUUCUGCUGGGCCUCCAUGCUAACAGACGUGUGUCUUCGGUACGUCGGCAGCACACGGCACAAACCCUUCAUGAAGUCGUGUUUCCAUGCCAGGUGUAAACGAGAAUGUAGCUGACGCAGACUCGAGAUCUGCUGUCAUUCUAGAUGUUUACUCUUUGUAGAUGAACAGCACCCUGAUCUGAGGUCACAUCCAGCAGAGACUCGGCCUUCUUUGUCGCUUCAUGUCUUGCCUUCAACGUCUGUAUUUUUAAGACCAACAGAGGAAGUUUGUUAGCUGUCUGCACUUCCUGCUCUUUUGUUUUUCUCCUCCGACCCACCGAAAAGUCCCGAAAAUCAAAAUCUUUCUGAUAUAUACCGUAACUGUUUUAAAUCCACAACAGAAUAGAGUCACAACACUUUCAGGUAGAGGCAGAGGAAUGUUUUGCACAAGUGUCUGUAAGAAUAAUAAAUAUGCCACAAAUACAUAACAAUCAAGCGACACUACACAUCUUCGUCAUCCUUGGAAAAGACGAAAAGGAAAAAAGUUGACGUGCUGUGAGGAUGUUCACACUGAGGCUGCGUUCGCUCUGCAGCAGCUGACUCAGUCUGAACAGUCGCAGAGAUCAGUACCAAGGCCACCAUGUGUGUCCUUAUGGAUGCGACGGUCACCGACAUGGCCAACUCCCAGUGUCUGUGCUGUACAGAGACACCAGUAGAUUUCCUGCUGGUGAAAAAUCACCAGAGGAAAUUAAAAAAAGGCAGCGAGUUUGCCUUUCGCUCAGAAGGUAGAGAACCCACAACAGCCAGGAUCCACUGCACCUCCUCGCUCCUCUCAGAAUGGGGAGGUUUUUGAUGAUGGCUCCUCUGGUUUGAGGAGUUGUUUUAUAAGGCUGUAAGAACUGAAUUAGUGGUUGUUUAGCAGGCUGAAAACUGAUCCAGACAAAAAGGUGUGUGAAAUCUGACUGUUCAGACUGAGCUCACGCUGCCAUAAGUCAUACGUAUCCAGUCGAGUCACUACAGAAGAAUUUUGUGUUAAUUUUUUGCUCGUGUCGUCAUUAGAAGAGAUAAACAUUUGCUGGAGUCCUGUGAACAGAAGCAGUCAGAUGUGGUGGACUGUGACGGGGGCUGAGGGUUUUACUGUAGCAGGAACGCUGUGAAGUGAAUGAACGCCUUUGGAGUCGUGUGAGAGCGUGUGUCUUUGGAGGUCAACGUGUGGGCUGUUCAUCUUUUUUUUUGUUUGUUUUUGUUGUCUUAAACAGCAUCGUUUGCUCUGAGAGAAGCAGGAAGUGCAGAGAAACUUCUGUAUUAAUUUUCCUCAUGUGAACGUUGUCCGUUUCCCUCCGCUGUAGGACUCCGUGCAGUCUGAGAAACAGUACUGUCUGUUUUAAAGUACUCUGAACUUUGUCACGAUCGACCGAAUGUUUAACCUCUGAAUCAUUUAUAUACAACAACAUCUGGAUGAAGGAAUGUAGGUUUUGCUGCGAGAAAUCACGAUCAUUCAGAAAAAGAAAAACAAAUGCUGUUUUAGUCACAGGUAAUUUUUCAUCAUGUAGGUUGUCAUAUAGUUCUUGUUUGUUCUCUGAAGUUCAAGUGCAUUUUUUUCCUCAUUUGAUUAUUGAUUUUUUUUCUAAUGAAUCUGUUUGUAUUAUGACUGGCGAUGAACCUGGUAACGUGUACGGAGAGAAACAUACAGCAUGUAUUUAUUGCACUUUGUGAUUUGGGUGUGCUUUUCCUGUUUAUUCUUUUUAUCGCGAGAGUCCCGAAAAGCUGUGAAUUUUAUUCUGAGACACUGUAACUGUCGACCAGAGUUGUAAAUAUUUCACCAGCACAAAACAAAACAAAAAAACCAAACAAACAAUAUGUUUUGUAGUUUCACAACAAAUAAAAAGUUCUUCUCUUCUA